UUCAGUCUCAUCACCUGUGGAGUGAGUGGAGCUGCCUACUAUUUAUACAAAUCUUGAGCGACACCUUGAGCGGUUGUGAAAGGUAGAGAAUGUUCCUCCCAAGCGCUGUGACAACGCUGGCAAUCAUAUUGUUGUCAGUGGGUGUCAGGCCCUCCGAGGGACACCUAGAACUAAUCAACAACGGGUAUGAGGACCUCGUGGUGGCCAUAUCUCCUUCAGUAAACGAAUCUGAUGCGAUGGAUAUUACCGAGGCUAUAAAGCGAACCGCUAGUGAGGCUUCAGCCGUCCUGUUCAAGGCAACCCGCCAAAGAGCUUUCUUCAAAGAUGUCAAAAUCCUCCUGCCGAUGACCUGGACCAGCACGGCCUACGAUCAGAUAGCUUUUAAUCAACACUAUCAAAGCAGCGAGAUUCGAGUGGACGUGAGUAAUGCCGUGUAUGGUGACCAGCCUUAUACCGACCAGCCAGGAGGGUGCGGUGAUCCCGGAAGGUACAUUCACCUCACUCCCGACUACUUAGUCAGUGACGAAGAAGCUGCUUGGUGGGGCCCUCGUCCCAAGACCCUAGUGCACGAGUGGGCCAAGCUGAGGUGGGGAGUCUUCGCUGAGAUCGGUUACCCUAACGACCCGACCGCCCCGCCCUUCUUCUGGAAUUCUUCUGGAGUUAACGGCGCAGAGAACGUCAGUCCGACGUACUGCGCAAACCAGGAGUUGUCAGGAGAGCUGAGGGACGCCCUCACCAACGCCUCCUGCACCUACGCCGACGGCCUCCCGGACGCCAACUGCCGCUUCAUCCCCAACGCCACUCAGGAAGCCUCGUCCUCUCUCAUGGGAUAUCAUCACAUAAAGAAUAUCGUGGAAUUCUGCGACUCCGACAGCGCUAGCAACUUCUCCCACGAUGCCCUGGCGCCGAGCAGACACAACCUGAUGUGCGAAGGGCGGUCCGCCUGGGACGUCAUGGGCCUCCAUCCCGACUUUGACGGGGGGGCGAAUCCUCCCGCCCCGUCUAUCUCUCCGACGAAGUUCACGGUUUUGCGUCAGGAAGUCGUCAAGAUCGCCCUCGUCCUCGACUACUCCUCCCCCUGCAUGGGCACCUCGCAGAGGAUUCAGAAACUCCAGAGAGCCGUCAGGCGCUGGAUCCUCUACGAAGUGCCGGACGGGAUCCACCUGGGCAUCAUUAAGUUCUGGGGGAGUGCACUUCCAAUUGCUCAACUGACGGAGAUCACGAGCCAGUCUCGAAGGAACCUCGCUAGUCAAAUAGACACUCUUCUGACCGAUGGGACUAGUAUCGGUGCUGGCCUUGAGAAAGCCAUUAAUGAUGUUCUGAAGAAUCAAAACAACCCCGUUAUUCUUGUGGUUAGCGGAAGUCCUGAAAAUAGGUAUCCUUUUAUUAGCGACAACCUCAGCAAAGUUGUUGAAUCCGGAGCCAGAGUUGUAACAGUAGCAUUAGGAAACGAAGCCGAGAUCAAGCUCCAGACCCUGGCAUCGGCUACGGGAGGGAAGGCGUUCGCGGUUUCGGACGACGACGAAGGCGGGGCACUUGACGAGGCGCUGCUGGGGGCGUUGGCGUACCAGCCGGAGGACAGUCUCAAGGACGUUCAAGUGAAGCUACACGGCUCUACUCGCCACACCGAAAACGAAACAGUCACCGAAUCCUUCACAGUCGACGCUUCAGUGGGCCGCAAGCUGGAGUUCCGGCUCGACACAGACAGGGCAGUCGCCUUCUCAGAGCGCCCGCACCUGAUACGACCCAACGGCACUCAGAUCAACGCCAUAACCGCUGACGGCGUCCUGUGGAUUGUCUCUCUGCCGGUGGCCGAGGUUGGAUUGUGGGCUUGGAGUCUUACUUUGGCCGCCUCCAAAAACUGUUACAUCCAUGUCAGUGUCACGGCCAAGGGAAGGGAACCAGAGACAUUACCCAUCCUUUCUCGAGCUUGGUUGAACGUAGGGCCGUACGGUGUGGACAUCCCAAGCAACCCUGUUAUCGUGUACGCGGAAAUCAAACAAGGAAACAGCCCCGUCGUUGAUGCCAGAGUCAGAGCGACCGUCACGCAGCCAAGUGAAGACCUAGACGCGGUGGAGUUGGACCUUCUCGACAACGGCCAAGGCGCAGACACUCAGGCGGGAGAUGGAGUUUAUUCGCGAUACUACACGGUGUACCCUGGCGCCGGAAGGUACUCCGUCGAGGUCCAGGUGUGGGGCGACGAUUACACCUUCGUCAACAAUGGGUCUGAAAAGACGAAUCAACAAGUUCUCAAAACGCCCACGUACUGCUGCGGGAGUGUCGUGCCUUCAGUCCCUCAGCUUGGAGUCUCGACGGGAAAUUUUAGUCGAACCGCAUCUGCUGGUUCAUUCCAGGUUUUAGCUGCCCUUCCUGCAGGUGACCUGUUCCCCCCCUCCCGCGUCACGGACCUGCAGGUCAGCGCCGUGCCCCUCUUCCUCGACCUCGCUUGGACUGCUCCCGGAGACGACCUCGACGCGGGCGCAGUCGCCGGGUACGUGAUUCGCCUCAGCGAGAACCGCAGUGACCUCGUGGGCGACAGCUUCGACGCCGGAGGGAACGAGACUCUCCUCAUGACGCUGGAGGAGUCGGCGAACAUGACGGAGUUGUUCCUCGAAGCCGGUCAGAAGGUGACACUCAACCUCACCCUCGAACACGAACUGGAGAGCAACAGGACUUACUUUGUUGGUAUUCGUGCAGUGGACGACGUCGGGUUGGUUAGCGCCGUGUCGAACCACGCGGUCGUAGUGAGCCUCGAAUACCCGAGUCCCGCCACGCCCCCUUCGAGCCCGCCCUUGCCGGCGUGGGCCAUCUUCCUCAUCGUCUCCGCCUCGCUCGUUGCCGUGGGAAUGGUGGCUGGAGGCGCCGUCUAUGCCCGGAAGAAGAGAAAACGGACCGAAUCCGACUCUUUUGGUCCGUCUGCUAGAACUAGUAUUUCAUACUCCGCCUAGAAAAGUGUACUCGCUCCAUCCCAGAUAAAGAUUAUUGAUUAAGCUUAUUGUCUACA